CAAAGACCCAUUAAUGCUUGCACCCAUAUUCAAGUUUUAUUCUUUUAAAGCUGAAAAAACAACUGUUUUUACAGCUCUUAAAAGCUCUGUACCUCGCCAUUGCUUAUCAGUAGCUUCACACAGCUCAUAAAAAAGCAUACACUAGUUUUGUCCCCAUUUCUUCACCCUUUUUUUUUCAUAAAAAAAUUUCCUGCUUUUGAUAAUCACUGUCUCUUUCUUGAAAUAACAGAGAGAUUUAUUUGUUGCUGUGCUGUUCAAAGGGUUGUACUGAAAUGGGGGCUUCUGGCAAAUGGAUUAAAACACUGAUAGGGAUGAAGAAGCCUGAUAAAGACGAUAAUGAAAAAGUUGGUGGAAAGGGCAAAAAAUGGAGGAUUUGGAGGAGUUCGUCGUUGGAUCUAAGUGGGUCCUCAUGGAAAGGAUUCAAAAAACUGAGCGGCUCAAAUUUCUCCACAGAAUCUUCAUCCAUGAACAAUGAUGCUUUUAAUGCUGCUGUUGCAACUGUGGUUAGGGCUCCUCCUAAAGAUUUUAAGGCUGUAAGAAAAGAAUGGGCCGCCAUUAGAAUCCAAACUGCUUUCAGAGGAUUUUUGGCAAGAAGGGCUUUAAGGGCAUUAAAAGGAUUGGUGAGGCUCCAAGCCAUAGUCCGAGGCAGACAGGUUCGUAAACAAGCUGCGGUAACUCUUAGGUGCAUGCAAGCUCUUGUUCGCGUGCAGGCCCGAAUUAGGGCCCGUCGUGUGCGAAUGUCUGUUGAAGGACAAGCCGUUCAAAAGUUGCUGGAUGAACGUAAUGACAAGGAUGUUUUGCUGAAACAAGCCGAGGAAGGAUGGUGUGAUAGUAGAGGAACACUUGAAGAAGUAAAGGCUAAAAUACAAUUGAGGAAAGUGGGGGCUGUGAAGAGAGAAAGAGCACUUGCAUACUCUUUAGUUCAAAAGUUGAAAUCAGGGCAGGCUAUUGAAUCCUGCAACAAUAAUCCCACAUUGAAAAACAAUGGAUUGGACAAGAAUAAUAACUGGAGCUGGCUUGAAAGGUGGAUGGUUGCAAAGCCUUGGGAAAAUCGACUAAUGGCACAGAUUAACACCACUUCUUUGGACACAACUCCACAUUCAAAACCCUUAACCAAACCGAACUUCUCAGCUUUGCAGGAACAAAAUUUGAUUAAAGUCACUAAAAACAACAUCACCAAGAGAAUAUCGGCCAAGCCUCCAUUUAUCAGUUCUCAUGAAAGCCCGAGUUCUGAUUUCUUGAAGCCCGAUGAGAGCCCGCCCUCUUCUUUCUUCACAAACACAACCCCGUUUUCGGAUAAGACAGAGGAGAGUAACACAAGUCGUCCGAAUUACAUGAACUUGACAGAGGCAACUAGGGCAAAGCAGAGGAUCAUAGGUGGACAGAGGCAACUGUCCAUGUCUAUGGAUGAGUUUCAGUUUCAAAAGAAGUUGAUCAUUGGAGAAAAUGGGGUCGGUUUGGAUUCUAAGUCGAGGAUUCUUUGUGUGCCGGCAAGGAAUUAAUUAAAUGGGGUGAGUUUGCAAUUGCAACAGCUUGUUGUUUAUUCUGUGUUGGAACUUAGAAGUUUGAAUGAAUUAUGAAUUUUGUGUAAAGUUGUGUGAGGAGACUGGUAUUUAAAGACUAGCAAAUGGGGAAUGGUAAAUUUAUUUCCAGAUUUUGCUUAUGUUAUGCCAUUGGGUUAAACAGAUCCAGUGCAGUUUUUUCAUUCAUACAAAAUCACCAG